AUGGACACGCCAUCUCCGGCUGAGGAUAGGGCAGCUUUAACUUUUCCUAACGUCAGAUUGUACACGUCGUUCAAAGCCGCACUUCCUAUUGUUUGCUCGUCUGAUCAUCCUACGUACAACAAAAUUUCUUUGGGCGAAUUUAGCACCAGGGAGAUGGCGACCGAACUUGCGACCGAGUUAGCAGCAGAGGUCAACACGCUGAAAGCACAUUUGUGUCAGAGUCGAUACCAAAUCGACCAAAUUGCUCGCCGUGCAGGAGUCGUCAUCGACCAGGAUGAGUUUUGUUCUAAUCCUUGCGAUAUCCUGGCAAAACUGCUCCAUUUGGUGGAUGAAAUUUUAUCCCUGCCGGUUACCGAGAGCGUUAUUUUCACCACGUUGGCGCUUCAAGGCUCCCUUUUCCCCAUAACCUUCAACGACGACGGCUCCAACUCCCUCCUCGACGUUCUUAACGAGCUGUGCUCUUCUCUACCGGAAACUCUGGAGGACGACACGGAUUUUCUAUCCGACCAAAUUUUCGAUUUGGAACAAGACGUUGCGAUUAAUGAAUCGCAGGAGAAAUUGGACCUUCAUCAUACAAAUGUCACGAAUUUGGAUCUCGAGAAUGAAAGUUCAUUGGAGACUUCAUCAUUAAUGAGUUCCAAAAAUCAGCCGAAUCUCGAGCAAGGGAAGAAAUUGACAUCAUUCAAUGCUCAGCAAUUCUUGAACGUCCGGAUGAUCACGCACGAUCCCAAUGCUAAAGUAAAAUGCGAGAUUUGUGGGAAAAUUCUGAAAAACUCGGUUUGUCUGCAACUUCACGAAAGAAAUAUGCACACCCCUCGUGAACGUCCCCGUUGUCAAAUAUGCGACCGUGCGUAUUUCAACGGCUCAACUUUAAGGAAGCAUAUUAGGAGCAUCCACAGCGCACCAAAUGAAGCUCGUCCUCGUUUCCCAUGCGAAUUUCCUAACUGCAGAAAAUCCUACCGAGCGAAGUGCGAUCUUUCUAAACAUGUAAAAGUUCAUCAUUCCAAAAGUCUCGCCCGUUUUUGUUGCCCACAUUGCGGCAAGGAAUUUAAAUUCAAGCACCAUUACGAACAACACGGAGUAAUUCACUCGUCUCAGAAGCCACACUCAUGUCCCACGUGCGGAAAGUGUUUUAAGAGGAAAUGCCAUUUGAGAAGCCAUCUGGCAACACACUUGCAAAAAUCUAGUCGCAAGAUCUUCCAAUGUCCCCGAUGCCCUAAGAAGUUCUUGAGUGGGUAUGGAUUAAGACGACAUGCUGCCCGUCACGAUGUUCCCCAUGCCCACGAUAAGGUUAAGAAAUUCGUGUGCCCUCUCUGUGAUAUGAGAUUUUCGAGGUCCAAUAAUUUGAAGCGCCACCUAACCGUGAUCCACCACGUUGACCAAGCUUCCUGUGACCUCGGAACAGGACAAAAGUCGUCACAGUCCUGCGAGUCGACCCCCGUAUUACUUCCGCCGGAAGUAGUUUACCACGUUUAGGGAAUUGAUGAUUAAUUCACACUCUAAAAAAUAAUGUAGCCAUUUUGAAUAGUAAAUCUACUCUGAGUUCGAAAUUAGCAAAACUAUGUAAAUCUUACUCUUUGCCAGGUUAAUGUUAUUCUAGAUUUAAGCUCUAAAAAAUAAUAUUACCCUUUUGAGAAGUAAAUGCGGUCUGAAUUGUAUGAUAAGUAAACUAUACUAAAUUAAGAGUAAAGCUGCCUUGAUUUAGAGUAAAGUUGGCUCUGUAUUUAAUAUAGCUUAAUUAAUUUAGCAUUUUGCGUGCUAUUACUUUUCAAAAUGUUUACUUUUAAGAGUGCAUUGCGGCAAAUAUUUUAAAAGAUUUGUAAAAUUUAUGGACAUAUUUAUUACGCUAAAUAUUUUUUUAUUAAGCAUUCAUUUUUUAAAAAUUAUAUUAGUGUUUAGCUCAGUUUGUAAAUGUGGACAUAUUUUAAUUGUAUUUUGUAUUAUUCUUAAAAUGUACAUAUUUAUUGAUGUACGCCUUUGAUGGGAAGUAUUUUUGUAUGGUUGGGAAUGCAUUUUUUGUUAGAUUAAUAUGUGACUCGUAAAAUACAAA